UCCGGAUCGAGUUCAGUUCAGUCCGAAGCGUUCAGUCGUUAGGACGUGCUUACAUAACGAACACCGAGCGAUCCGCUACACGCGUCAAAGGAUUUACCAACGUUCGUCUAUUAAAGUUUCCUUUUCUUUUUGGAUAACAAAGUUCUGUGCUUACUCCUUACAUCCGAAGCUUGUGUUAUGUGCUUCGUACCAGUGCUCUAACCAUCCAGAUCUUCAACACCCUUUAUUUUUUUUAAUACUAGUAGUCACUUUCUGUUGAAAUCACGUAUUUGUUCCGCGAUGGCCAAGUUGUUUGAGUUGGUGUUCGCCUUCCUGGCUAUAUUUUCAUCCACGACUGCUAUGUUCCUCGGUCACGAGCAGGACGUCGGCAGUCCCUUGAGAGUGGCCCAGUGCAGAGCCACCUGCCUCGAAAGGUUUUCCAACGACGGACCUAACGGUGAAUCGAUGUGCCUCCAGGGACCCGAUUGUUUUAUGUGCUGGGAGAAUUGCGAGCUGCUUCAGUCCAACUUCCAAGUCUGGGGCGCUAUGUGCGAGGAGAAAGAGAUAUGUUUCCCUGGAUGUCAGGAAGCCUGUCGUUUCCAUGCGGAGGCGUCUACUAGGGCUCAACAGACGCAGCCCGUGAUCCACACGAAGGGCGAAGGUGUCAUCAGGGUGAUGGGGGCAUUGGCUAGAUGGCCGAGACCCUCGUCGGUCAGUCUUACCACGCCUCUGGUUUACGUAGUCAUGAGGAAGUCGGUUUCGGGCCCUUGGCGUCAGAUCAUCCAAACUCUGGAUCUUACAACGCGCGUUCCUCUUAACUCCGAUCAAGGUGGUUCGAUGUUGAGGGUUUUGGUCGUUGAUCCUCAGGGCUUGGUUACCAUCUACAGCCCCGACGAUGUUAACGUAAACGAUGGAAAGAAGAAAAAGAAGACCAUCAACACGGAAAUCAAAGCUACGACAAGCAAGAGCAUUUCGAACGAAGGUUGGGUGUUGCGUGAGAUUUCUCUGAUCCACCAGAAAGUUUUGGUUAUUGGUGAGAUUGCCUGGGAACCUAAAACCAGCCGCGGUGUUUACUUGGUCACCUGGGAAGUCGAUGGCGGUGGUUUGAAGGGUAACCUGUUCACCGACUCCACUUGCGUUACGUUAUCACUUUGGCCCGAUACCAUCUAUCACAUCCAAGUCGAACUCGUGUCGCACACCCCGGGCGUAGAAAAUCUCAAAUCGGAAAUGAUGGAUCUUGAUACCGGAAGAGCCUUGAAGGUCUCCACAGAAAGCCAAGAGGAUUUGAACAACAUAAUCCCUGAUGACCUCGAGGACGUCGCCUACGAUUCGCAACAUCUUCUGCCCAUCCUCGUUAGCAACUGGAAUAGUGUUGAGCUGGUUAUGGGAACAUGCGCGGCUGUCAUUCUCUUCUGUGUAGUCCUUGCUUUGCUUUUCUGGAGGUGCCGGAGGAGGAGCGGCCAAGCCAUCGACAACAUGAUCACCGGAUCCUCUUCCAUACGCAGUCACAAACUCGUCGAAGAAUAUACAGGAUUUCAUCCGAUUAUGACCGUUGUGGGAGCCGUGAACGAGCGGACGGAUUGCGGAUGCAACGAGGAAGAGCUCAGAACGCCUCCGGAGGUGUCUUUCAGCGGUGCGGCCAACACAACGCUCUGCUCCAAACAGACGUGGAACGUUCAGGUGUGACGCCAUAGCGACACCAUCAAGCUGUCCUCCAACAUCGACGAGAUCGAAGAUUAUUAAUCAGAGAAGAAAAAAUCGUGCAACAACAACAACAAAAAUGUUUCUAAGUUCCUAAAACAGUGUUUUUUUUUCGUCGGGCGCUUACCUUAGUGCGGAGUUUCCUUUCGUUUUUAAUUUAUUUACAAAAUAAUCAUCAAUACGAGGGAAAAAAAGAAAGAAAAAGUAUAUUUAUGCGAAAUUAAAAAUUUCCAACAAAAAAAAAACGAAGAUGACGACCGAGAGAGAUCGAGAAGAACUGAAAGAAGUGUCUGUGUAUAUGUGUAAAAAACUAGUCUAAUCACUUUAUUAAUUACUAAAUCGAAGAAGGAUGAACUGUGGUGGAAGGAAGAACUGCUGCCAAGUUAUGAUCGAGUGGGAUUACCGCGCGUGUGUACAGAAGAAUGAAUGGGAAUGAAGUUGAAGUGAAGUGCGAGAUGAUAGUGUAUAAUAGAUGUAUAAAAAAAAGAAGAUGGAAAUCAUUGUGUAAAUUUUAAUUGGUAAUUGAUCUUCAGACAAGUAGCGGGAAUGAUGAUGAAGCGAAAGAAAAAAAUAAUAUAAAAUAACUAGUAGUCUGAUUACGUGUUUAUAUAUAUAUAUAUAUUAGUUAGCUUCGGAAAAAGAAAAUGUGACAAAAAAAAUGAUAAGAAAAACUUAAGCUCUUCGCAUCGUCUCUACUACUCCCCCACACUUUUUGAAAUAAUGGCCAAAAUAAACGUAAUAAUCAUUGAUUUAUGUAAUUCGCUGUUUGAAAAAAAGAUAUCAUGUUUAUUUUUUUUUUCUUUUCAAGAUUCAUUAUUAUUUCUCGUAUAAUAGUGUCUUUGUUUUGCUCGCUAGUAGACGUGACGUGAAAAGCCGUCGGACGCCCAAAACAGACUUAAACCCCCCCUCCAAAUCCUCAAUUAUUAUUACAACUAGUUUA